UCUAUUGUCAAAAAUUUUUAGUUGGUAUUGUACGGAAUAACAUGCCAUGGUAUUUUUAAAAGACAAAUAUAAAAUAAUAUGGAUAUUUGUUAUAUUCUUUUAUCCAUUGUAUGGAAUUCGACAUUAUGAUAAAAAAGAUUUGUUGGCGUUGAGAGAAGAAGUACGGGAAAUGUUUCAACAUGCGUAUGACAGUUACUUAAAAUAUGCGUAUCCCUACGAUGAAUUACGUCCAUUAAGUUGUGAUGGGGUAGAUACAUGGGGUAGUUAUUCCUUAACUUUAAUCGAUGCUCUGGAUACGCUGGCUGUGAUGGGUAAUCAUACCGAAUUUCAACGAGUGGUCAAUAUUUUAACUACAAAUGCAAAUUUUGAUGCGAAUAUUAAUGUAUCCGUGUUCGAAACGAAUAUUCGAAUCAUUGGGGGAUUGUUAAGUGCACAUCUAUUAUCUCACAGGGCUGGAGUUGAAUUAGAACCAGGGUGGCCUUGUAACGGACCUUUAUUACGAUUGGCCGAAGAUGUAGCACGGCGUUUAAUUGUAGCAUUCGAUACAAAAACUCAUAUGCCAUAUGGAACGGUGAAUUUACGAUAUGGAGUACCUAUUGGGGAAACAACUGUUACAUGUACCGCUGGUGUGGGUACUUUUAUCUUGGAAUUUGGAACUUUAAGUCGCCUAACUGGUGAUCCUGUAUUUGAAGAGGUUGCAAUGAAUGCCUUAUAUGCAUUACAUAAUCAUCGAUCCAGUAUUGGAUUAUUGGGAAAUCAUAUUGAUAUUGCCACAGGUCGAUGGACAGCACAAGAUGCUGGUAUUGGGGCUGGAGUAGAUUCAUACUAUGAAUAUUUAGUUAAAGGUUCGAUACUAUUUCAAAAACCUGAAUUAAUGGAAAUGUUUAAUGAAGCCCGAAAACCAAUUGAUAAAUAUAUGACACGUGACGAUUGGCAUAUGUGGGUAUCGAUGAGUAAAGGUCAAGUUACAUUACCCGUAUUUCAAUCACUAGAAGCAUAUUGGCCAGGAGUACUUAGUUUAAUAGGAGAUACUAGUAAAGCAAUGAAGUCAAUCCAUAAUUAUCAUCAAGUAUGGAAACAAUAUGGUUUCACACCGGAAUUUUUCAACAUUCCACAAGGUGAGGCUGGUUCACAACGAGAAAGUUACCCAUUGCGGCCAGAAUUAAUUGAAUCCGUUAUGUAUUUAUAUCGUGCUACUGGAAAUCCAUAUUUACUUGAAGUGGGUGUCGAUAUUUUACGAAGUAUACAACACAGUUCUAGAACUCCGUGUGGCUAUGCUACGAUUAAAGAUGUUCGCGAUCAUCGAAAAGAGGAUCGUAUGGAAUCAUUUUUCUUAUCCGAAACAACGAAAUAUUUGUACCUAUUAUUUGAUACAGAAAAUUUUAUACAUAACCGAGGCCAACAUGGCACGAUAAUUAACACGCCCCAUGGUGAAUGUGUUAUUGAUGCUGGGGGUUAUAUCUUUAACACAGAAGCUCAUCCAAUUGAUCCAGCAGCCUUGCAUUGUUGCCAUGAUUUACCAAACGAAAAUUUAGCAAAUAUUAAAUAUUAUCGAGGUAAAUUAAAAAUAUUAGAAGGUGAAUCUUUAGAAAAAUUGAAACAAACUACUGAUACAACGUCAUCAAAUUCGACAAAAAUUGAUGAUGAAUCUUCAGAAGACAAAAUGGAAGAUGAAGAAACCAUCACUGAAGAAAUUAUAGCAGAAGAAAAAUCAUUUGAAGGUACCGUGGAAGUAGUUCGCUUAGGAGAGCAUGAAUUAGAAGAUGAUAAACAAAUUUCUAGUCAAAGUACAACAGAUUUAACGACUUCUUCAGAAACACAAAAUGGCAAUGAAAAAGAAUCUGUGGCUAAUAAUACAUUGAGAAAUUUAAAUACAUCACUAAAUGAAGAAACAAAUAAUUUUAUGCAAAUUAUACCCGAAUUUGUACAAAAAUACAUAACACCCGUAUCGAAAAAAUUCGAUGCGAAAAUGUUUUUGGAACGUAUACGUUUUGAGAACAAAUAUCCCAAGAAUAGUUCGUGGGAGAUAAAUUAUUCGUUGUUGAGUUGUAGGGCACAACCUUAUUUACAGCGAAUAUCGUUGUUAGGAGAAUUUUUUGAUUAAUUUAUUUUUACUUUUUUGAUCUCUUUCUAAUAUGAA